CCGGGGCUGUUGAUCGGUGGAGGCCUGGUGCAGCAGUCUCACCUAGUCUACCCAGGGGCAUGAGCUGGGACUGAGCCAGCCGGGGCCGCCUCACUCACAGUGUGGAGGAUGAAGAGAAGACUGUCUGAAAGGGAUGCUGGGGAAUCAUCCAGAUCAAAGGCUUUCUGUACUAGUAUAUCAGGAAGUAAUGCCAAGAGGGCUGGACCAUUUAUUUUGGGUCCUCGAUUGGGAAACUCUCCUGUACCAAGCAUUGUGCAGUGUUUGGCAAGAAAAGAUGGAACAGAUGACUUCUACCAGUUAAAGAUCCUAAGCUUGGAGGACAGAGGGGACAAAACAGGGGAAACACAAGAAGAAAGACAGGGCAAAAUGCUGUUGCAUACUGAAUAUUCGCUUUUAUCCCUCCUUCAUAAUCAAGAUGGUGUUGUACAUCACCAUGGUCUGUUCCAGGACCGAACAUGUGAGUUUGUAGAAGAUAUCAUGGAUGCCAACAAGCUGACUAGGAAGACCAGAAAGAGGAUAUGCCUAGUGUUGGACUGUCUGUGUGCACAUGACUUCAGCGACAAAACUGCUGACUUAAUAAAUUUACAGCAUUAUGUGAUAAAGGAAAAGCGGCUAGGGGAGAGAGAAACCGUUGUUAUAUUCUAUGAUGUUGUCAGAGUAGUAGAAGCCUUGCAUAAGAAGAACAUUGUGCACAGAGACCUGAAACUUGGUAACAUGGUUCUCAAUAAGAGGACCCAUAGAAUAACAAUCACCAAUUUCUGCCUUGGGAAACACUUAGUGAGUGAAGAUGACCUAUUAAAAGAUCAGCGAGGAAGUCCAGCAUAUAUCAGCCCAGAUGUGCUCAGUGGUCGACCAUACAGAGGAAAGCCAAGUGAUAUGUGGGCGCUGGGUGUAGUUCUUUUCACCAUGCUGUAUGGGCAGUUUCCCUUCUAUGACAGCAUUCCUCAGGAACUUUUCCGUAAAAUAAAGGCUGCUGAGUACUCCAUCCCUGAGGAUGGAAGAGUGUCUGAAAACACCGUAUGUCUUAUACGUAAACUAUUGGUCCUUGACCCUCAGCAGCGCCUGACUGCAUCUGAAGUCCUAGAGUCUCUUGGUGGCAUAAUCUCUUCCUGGCAAUCUAUGUCCUCACUUAGUGGUCCACUACAAGUUGUUCCUGAUAUUGAUCAUGUGACAAGCCCUGAAAGCUCUCAAGAGGCAAAAGUAACAGAAGAGUCCUCCCAGUAUGAGUUUGAAAACUACAUGCGACAGCAGCUCCUACUGGCGGAAGAGAAAAAUACAAUUCAUGAAGCCAAAAACUUCCCCCAGAAACGUCACUUUGGAAAUUUCCCCCCCAUUAGAAGAUUGGGGUAUGAUGCUCAGCCAAUGAGCCCUUUGGACGCUGCCAUCCUUGCACAGCGAUAUCUUACCCCGUCACACAUGACUAUCCCUAAUCCCCACUAAAACAUGGUUUCCAAAUGUUUCAUCUAUAUCUGGAAAGUUACAGUUUGGGGGAAUCUUUGAAAGCUGAAAGGCUUAUACGGUGCUAUAUUUC